AGGAUUGAGCAACCUCUGACAGACAACAUACUCGUUAACACUCCAACCUGUAGUUUCUUGAGGAUCGCAAACUGCAGUUCCCGCAGCGAACCAUGUUCCGGAUUCUUACCAACGACCACCCGAUCUUGACGCAGUUUCAAGUGGAGGCUGCACGCAUAGCGAACGAGCAAGGCUCCAAUCCUGCACUGUUCAGGAGUCGUUUACCGUUGGAUAUCUUCGAGUGGCCAAAUGCGGGAAAUCGCCAUGGGACAUACCGGAGAGGCAUCUUCUCGUUGGCAGACCUAGACAGUACUGGCGAGCCCCAAGUUCGCGUGAUGUGAGCGGAUUCUUAUGCGAAAUAAUGGUCCCUUCAUUGAUAAUUGCAGACUGGCCCCGCGCGAUUUACCGCUUCCAGAAUUCGCAAAUGGCCUAGGUGACCUCUUCACGAGAUUCGAGAUCCCGAGCGCGUUCUUGCAAGAAAGUCUGCAAGCCGCUUCUCAGUCAUUUGGGGUCUGGAAAAAGGAUAAUUAUACGCAGUAUGUUUGGAUGCACUUAUUGUCCAAAGACGUCGCGAUCGUGGCAGCCCCAGUGCCAGAGAUGGACACGGACGGACCGGCCGGGCUUGCACAAGCGGCUGCUGCAAGCCAGAGAGACCGACAAUUUUUACACGACUAUACUUGGGUAAAACCGGGACUUGUACUCAAAAUCGAACACGAUAAGCCGACGUCCGACAGUAGCAAAAGUGUCGCAACGUUAACCAGUAGGCCUGGGCGUAUCACUCUUCUUGGAUUUGGAGCGAGCACCUUCCAGGCCGGCUUCCAGGAAUUGAUCGGCACAGUUCCAGUCGAUAGUCUCUUAGAAGAUCCGUUCAUUCUUAUGCAAGUGGCAUUCGCUGAAAUGCACAGAGUGAUUGAUAACGUUGGUUGGCAUGUAGCCGACAUCUUCCGGGGAAUUGAAUAUGACGCGCUUGCGAUUGCGACGACACCUGUGAAAGCAGGACGACUUAUCAGCUUCGCUAGGUUGCACAACCUUAUGAAGCAUGGUAUUUUCUUACAGGAGAAUUGCGAAGGUGCGAUAAACACCCUCGACAGCCUUUGCUCCUACCACGAUGAGUACAUUGGGAAGACUCCCACGUCAACGCAAUUGCGCACGCGGGCAGAGCUGAAGUACAGGCGCACGAUAUUUCGUUCAACACAAGGACGGUUGCUCGCUCUUGAUAGGCGGAUGACAAAUAUCCUUCAGCUUUCGUUCAAUCUGGUCACUCAAGGGGACAGUCGAAUCGCUCGUCAUGAGGCUCUAAGCAUGAGGGUGAUCGCGUUCGUCUCGCUCUGGUUCUUACCUCUGGGCACCGUUGCCACGGUUUUUGGCACUCAGUUGAUCCGAAUGCAAGAAGAUAAACCUUUCCGCUUGCAAGUCUCCCAGGAAUUUUGGCUUCUUUGGGUCAUUGCGACUAUUUUGACACUCGGAGUCGUAGGUAUAUCGCGUAUGUGGUAUCGUGAAGUUCGUGAUGAGGAAGAACUCCGGCAGGGGAACGAACGAGGCUGGAUGGCAUGGAAACUGUUGAAGACAAAGUUAACCAUUGGUGUCGGGAAUUGGACAUGGAGUCAGAACAGGCGAAGUGCCAUGGCCAGUUCGGAUCAACAUGAGUUGGUGUAG